UAUAUUUUGAUGCAAAAUUAAACAUUAGCAAACCAUCAAAACUUUGACACAAAGAUUAACAUCUUGAUCAAGAUCAAAUCUAUCAACUAAAAGAGAAGAUGAAGCAACAAAUGAAGGCACUUCUGAUUGGAUUAAUUGGUGCAGCUUUUACCUUAUUUGCUUACUCACAAACCUUCAUAUCACCAAGUCAAUCAAUCACAAUUGGUCUCCUUGUUCUCAUGUUGGGAUUGCUCGUAGGAGAAGGUUUCAUAUCUUUGUAAUUUAUCUUUGUUUAUAUUUUCUCCUUCAAUUUCCCCUUCCUUUAGAUCCAUGAAUUUUACAAUUUUAUGUGUAAUAAGCCUUUAAUAGGGUAUUUUAAUAUUUUUUUUGCAAGUUUUCUUCUA